AUGGAGGAAUUCUUAGAGAGUAACGGAAUUGAUCACAUUUCAGUUCCACCUGCUACUCCGUAUUGCAACGGACUUGCAGAGCGUAUGGUGCAAACAUUUAAGAAAGCUCUAAAGAAGAUGCAAGCUACCGAUCCAGACUACAACAAGAAUCUUGCAGCUUGGUUACUCACGUAUCGGAAUACUCCACACUACUACGUGUCAAAGCAAUGUCCCAGUGCUCUGAUGUUCGGACGACUCACGCGCACCAGAUUAUCUUUACUUUAUCCGUGUAAACCCUUAUAUACUCGACAGGAACAGGAGGUUAUAGAGCAGGGUUUAUUCAGAGAGUUUAAGGUAGGAGAUCCGGUCUGUUAUAAGGAUAUCAGGAAGCAAAGUUGGCAAGUUGGUACCGUGCAAGCUAGACAAGGAAGCAAGGUGUACAGGAUAUUGGGAGAGAACGGUGUAGUUGAUAAACAUAUAAACCAGCUCAAGACGAGAUAUACAGUACAGCUACAACCUGCACAACCAGCACAAUCUGAGACUGAUAACAGUCGCCUACCCAUUGCUAUUGAAUCUGAUGUUAGUAAAUGUCCGCCAGCACCUAGUCUUAGCAAGCCUUAUAAUGAUGAGCAUGACCAGCAUGCGAUUAUUAACGAGCAUCCAGUGGCUGAACCCAGUCCUUCUAAAAGCAUAGCAAAACCACCACUAAUAGCAAUACUUACCCGGUCAAGCAGUCGAGUAACCAAGCCUAUUGAUAGGUUAAACUAUAGCCAGAAGGGAGGAUGA